AUGGCGACUGAUCAUAAUUCGAAGUGUGUUGAUUGUCAAACGAUGGCUGAAUUAAUAGCACAUCAACGACAUGCUCAUGGACUAUGCGAUGGUUUUCCUACAAUUUUAUACUAUGCACGAGAAAUGAAGAAUUUAGCAGAAGAAAUUCGAUCUUGCAGUAAAGAACAUCUGAUUGAAUUGGGUGCAAUUGAUUGGCAAGAAUUUCCUGAUCGUUGGCCAAAUAUAUUUAUUCGAAAUUCCGAACAGAUUCGUAAUAGUCAUGUUUUAUUUCUUGCAUCUCUUCAUAAUCCACAGACAAUUUUCGAACAAAUCUCCCUCCUCUACCAUAUUCCGAAAUAUCUCUGUCGAUCAUUGAAAGUUCUCUUACCUUAUUUUCCGACUGGCACUAUGGAACGUAUUCAAAUUCAAGGCGAAAUUGCAACAGCUUAUUCUCUUGCCCAAAUGCUUUCCGCGAUCCCAUUGACACGUACAGGUCCAUGCGAAGUUGUUAUACUGGACGUACAUGCAUUACAGAAUCAAUUUUAUUUUUCAACAAAUAUCAUUGUCCGUUUGGAGUCGACAGUAGAUUUACUCUUGGAUCAAUUGAAGGCGCGAGCCGAUCAAAAUGAAAAGUACGCUAUCGUUUUUCCCGAUGAUGGCGCACAUAAACGAUUCGGACAAAUGUUUGAUGACAAGAUCUUUCCGAAAUUGAUCUGCAGUAAAAUUCGAGAAGGUGAUAAGCGAAAAACAACGAUCAAAGAAGGUAAUCCGGAAGGUUAUCAUUGCAUGAUUGUCGAUGAUUUAGUGCAAUCAGGUGGAACAAUUAUUGAAUGUGCCCAUGCACUUUUACAAAAGGGUGCUGUUAAUGUUUCUGCCUUUGUUGGCCAUGGAAUCUUUCCAAAUGACAGCUGGAAGAAAUUCGUUCAUUCGGAAAAUCCCAAAGUUCGUUUCCAUACGUUUUAUGUCACCAAUACAUAUCCGAAUACGGAAGUUUUAAUCGAUAAACCACCAUUUAAAGUUUUAUCUAUUGCCCAACUUUUAUGUAAUAUCUCUCUUACUUAA